AUACAUACUAUAAUAAUCAUAUACAUAUAAUGUUGCGCCGGUCGACGUUAUUUAUUGAAAAAUGAUUUAUCACUCAUUAAUAUUAUAUUUUUUAGUUAAUAAUAUUUUGUGUGAUGAUAAUUAUGAUAAAAGUGGUUAUGUAGUAUACUGUCCAUGCAUGGGUCGAUUUGGAAACCAAGCAGAUCAUUUUUUAGGUGUGUUAGCUUUUAGUAAAGGCUUGAAUAGAACUUUAGUACUUCCCCCUUGGAUUGAAUACAGAUAUGGAGAGCCAAGUUCAUUUCAAAUUCCAUUUAACACAUAUUUUAGCAUUGAUAUAUUAGCACAAUAUCAUAGAGUUAUUACAAUGGAAUCAUUUAUGGAAGAUACAGCACAACUAGUAUGGCCUGCCAAUAAAAGGACCUCUUUUUGCUAUACACAAAGAAUUGGCGAAGAAAAAAACAGUUGUAAUGCAAAAUCUGGCAAUCCAUUUGGACCAUUUUGGGAUAAGUUUGAUAUCAAUUUUGUUAAAUCUGAAUUUUAUGGACCAUUAAACUAUGAUUCACAUGAUAAGAAGAUGAUGGAUAGAUGGAAACAAAUAUAUCCUCCAGAUACUUGGCCAGUACUUGCAUUUACAGGUGCUCCUGCCAGUUUUCCAGUUCAAAGAGAAAACGUACAUUUACAUAAGUAUCUUAAGUGGAGCGUUGAUAUAACUAGUAAAUCAAAGCAAUUUAUCAAGAAUAAUAUGAGUGGCGGGGGGUUCCUUGGAUUACAUUUGAGAAAUGGACAAGACUGGGUAAAAGCAUGUCAACACGUUCAAGACAGCCCUAUACUAUUUGCUGCGCCCCAGUGUGUCGGAUAUAAAAACGAAAAGGGUCCUCUUACUGCAUCAAUGUGUUUACCUAAGAAAACAGAAAUAAUAAAGCAAGUGAAGAGAGCAGUCAAAAAAUUUAAUAAUAUUAAAUAUGUGUUUGUGGCUUCCGACUCAAACCAUAUGAUUGAAGAUUUAAAUGUGGCUUUAAAGGAUUUGGAAGUAUCCAUUACCAGAUUUCAACCAUCCAACCCUCACUUAGACUUAGCAAUACUCGGACAGGCAAAUCAUUUUAUUGGUAAUUGUGUCUCAUCAUUUUCUGCAUUCGUCAAAAGAGAGAGAGACGUAAAAGGCUUACCAUCGGAAUUCUGGUGUUAUCCACACCGAAAGAAAACAAAACACGAAGAAUUAUAAUAUAUAUAUUUUUAAUAGGUAAUUUAUCAAGAAAUAAUAUUU